GCUAGGUAUCUGUUUUGGGGUGGAGUAGAUGAUGAUGAAACACAAACCGGCCUCUGAGAAAGACACAGCUAAACGUUAAAGCGUCUGAUAAAAUACUGUUUUGACUGAGCUGCUCAUCCGUCACUUUCAUCAUAGUUACACUCGCGCUGGUUCGUUUCGAGGUUGCUGGAGUUUCAUCAGAUCAUCAUGAGGCGGAUGAUCGUGUUGGCGCUGCUUCUGAUUCACCUGACCUCAGGGAUUCUGUCUAUCCAGGUCACCCUGUCUGAGACAGAGAAACGUUCAACUCUUUUUGCAUCUAUCACCUUGCGCUGUGAUUACUCCACCUCAGCUCAGCUGCAGAAUGUGAUGGUCACUUGGAAAUACAAAUCCUUCUGCAAAGACCCUGUUCUGGACUAUUACUCCACAGAUGUUGGUGUAUCUGAACAGGAUGCGCUGUGAUGGUGAUGCAUCAGAGCAACAACUGGAGAUGCUUAUUUUUUAUUAGAUACAUCACUGUCAUGAGCGCUUUCAUAAAGUGGUGGGGACAAAACAGAAAUGGAUUCAUGUGUGCAGAUUCACAAUCCAGAUCUGUGUCUA